CCGUCCCUGGGAGAACCCAAGCAGGGCUGCCAUGGAGGAAAGUUCAUACUCAGAGUUCUCAAAGCUUUCCAGGAGGCGGCGGCAGUGCUGUGGGCGGGGGACGCUGCUCGGGCUGUUGGGGCUGGUGACCACCGCGCUGUGGGCCGGGCUGCUGACUCUGCUUCUCUUGUGGCACUGGGAAACUGUGCAGAAACUGAAACAGCUGGAAGAGGCCGCUGCCCGGAACGUCUCUCAGGUCUCCAAGGACUUGGAAAGGCACAAGGGUGACGAGAUGACCCAGAAAGCCCAGGCUGCCAAGAUGUCGCAGAACAUGGAGAAGAUCCAAGCUGAGCAGAAGACAAUGAAAUCUCAGGACUCUGAGCUCUCCCAGAACCUGAAGGGACUUCGCGAGGACCUGAGCAACCUCCACUCCCAGGGCUUCAACGAGAGACACACAGCCUUGCGUGCACUGGGAAGGCUCCAGGAGGAGGUGGCGAAGCUGUGGAUAGAGCUACGCACGUCCAACGGCUCCACGUGUAACACGUGCCCCGAGCAGUGGGUCAGUUUCCAAAAGAAGUGCUACUACUUCGGCGAGGGCCCCAAGAAGUGGAUCGAGGCGCGCUUUGCUUGCAGCAAGCUGCAAGGGCGACUCGUCAGCAUCCACAGCCAGGAGGAGCAGGACUUCCUGACCAAACGCGCCAACAAGAAGGGCUCCUGGAUCGGCCUCCGGGACCUGAACAUAGAAGGCGAGUUUGUCUGGAUGGAUGAGAACCCCCUGGACUACAGCAACUGGCAGCCGGGGGAGCCCAACAACGAGGGCGAGGGCGAGGACUGCGUGAUGAUGCAGGGCUCCGGCCGGUGGAACGACGCCUUCUGCCUCAGCCGCCUGGACGGCUGGGUGUGUGACCGGCUGGCCACGUGCUGACUGCCCACCAGGCACCUCGGCCUCCCCAGAGCCACGGGGCUGUGCCCAGAGUCGUGGACCCCGACAGCCCAGCCCACCCACCAGGUGCACCCCUCUGUGUCACUCCCCCACCUCAAACAUGGGGACAGCCAGGCCCACGG